UCCAAAUUUAUUUUCCAAAAAAGAAAAAGAGAGGAUUGUAAGCUGUUAACCUUCCCGCGCAUUCGAAUUGCUACCCUAAACAGCAGGAAACAAAUCGUCUUGCUAACAGCGCGUCGCCAUCCAGCCCUCUUAUAUAGGGUUUAUGGGUCGCAGCCAAGCGCAGCUUGGUCUAGGGUUUUAGUCUUGGAACAUUUUCCUCUCGGAAAUGGCUUUCUGGGGAAUUGAAGUGAAACCUGGAAAGCCUUUUACUCAUUCAUUUGAUGGCCAGCGUGGGAGGCUUCACAUUUCCCAGGCAACAUUGGGGAUAGGUGCUGCAAGCAAAAAAAGCUUAGUACAGUGUAAUGUAGGCAAUAAGAGUCCUGUUCUCUUGUGCUGCUUGUUGCCUGAUAAGACAGAAUCAUGCACUUUGAGUUUAGAAUUUGAGGAGGUUGAAGAAGUGAUCUUCUCUGUUAUUGGUCCGCGGAGUGUUCACCUUACUGGUUAUUAUCUCGGUAAUGGCCGGCAUUCCAAUUUUAAUGAGGACUCAGAAUCCUAUGGAGAAGAUAUUGCAGAUACAGAGACAGAGAAAUCUAAUGACCAUGGUGAAGAAGAUGACUAUGAGGAUAGUUUCAUUGAUGAUGGUGAACUAGAGGUUUUCCCUUCUUCACCAGUUUCCAGUGAUGGGGUUUUGCUUGAGGAGAAAUUGGAUGGUAAAAAAACCAACAACGGGAAGAGCAGCCACCGAAGACUUAAGAAGAAGUACCAGUUGAGUGAAUCUGAUGAUGACAUUAGUUUGCAACAAAAUAUUGCCAAAGGUAGUGCUGGUGUCCUCGUGUUGGAGAGUGAUAGUGAAGAUAAGAUCCCAAUUUCCUCCCUAUAUAAGAGUAAAACCAUUGAAAAGAAUGCAAAACUUGAAGAAGAAGAAGAAGAAGAAGAAAAGAAAGCUGGAAAUGGUAUAGGAGGAGAGAGAGGCCACAAUAAGCUAGAAGAUGGAAAAGGUCACAAGGACACAGAAGAGAAAGAAAAUGCAGGCACAGAAAAAGAUGGCAAUCAUUCUAUUGGAUCAAAAAGAAAAAAUAAUGCUGUUGGCAUAGGUGCUGGGCCUGAAAGGCAAUCUGACCUGCCAAUUGGUUCUGUCCUGCAUUCUACUGAAUUGGGCCCUGAAAAUGGCAGAAAGUCAAAGAAGAAAAGGAAAGAUCGGUCUAAAGGGGUAAAGCAUCUGGAGGUUGACAGUGUUAACCAUAAAAAUGACCUUAAAGAGGAUAAAGCCCCACAAAACGAGAAUAAGGCUGAUAACAUGGACCAGAAUCUGCCGGAAAGAAAAGAAAAUCAGAGGCCUAACAGUUAUAAGAGUUGUGACACAAAGGUGGACCAAUUAGCUGGUGACAAUCAGAGUGAUGAGAAAAAGAUAAAGAGGAAGAGAAAGAAGAGUAAAACACAGGAGAAUGAGGGUGUUGCUAAUAUGGAAGUACCUCCUUUGUCAAUGAACAAAAAGAGUGGAUCCCAUUUGGAAGUUAAGGACAGGAACUCUGAUGCCAAUUCAUCCCAAGUUAGAAUGAUGUCCAAUGGAUUGGUGAUUGAGGAGCUAAUAACUGGAAAACCAGAUGGCAAAAUAGCUUGUCAAGGAAAGAAGGUCAGUGUCUAUUACACAGGCAAGUUAAAAGAUAGUGGACAAAUCUUUGACUCAAAUAUUGGCAGAGCUCCUCUUAAGUUCCGCCUAGGUGCAGGAAAAGUUAUAAAGGGAUGGGAUGUCGGUCUUGAUGGUAUGCGAGUUGGAGAUAAGAGAAGACUCGUAAUCCCACCAUCAAUGGGUUAUGGGAAUGAAGGAGCUGGUGAUAAUAUUCCACCAAAUUCAUGGCUAGUAUUCGAUGUUGAAUUGGCUGGUGCCCGGUGAUUGUCCUGCACCAUUUGCAUGCAUGCAGUUUUGUGGCAUCAUUGCAGGCAUGCAUAUUUUGCCCUUAUAGAGCCCAUAUUUUAAGAGAUUCAAUCACAAGUUGUUUACUAAAAAAUUUUGGAUCCUUUUUCACCAUAUAGCUUCUAGCUUCAUAUUCUUCAA